AUGACAGCAAACGGCCAAUAACAGCAUAAAAAUGCGAAAGAAGUCGGCGAGUGAGCACGAGCAAACAAGCAAUCGAAAAAUAUAUCGAAUUCAUUCGAGAAGUAAUCGAAUAAAAAUGGUGAUUCCGGCGAUUGUAUGCGUGUAGCUUCAAAUGUCGCUCUCAUUCGCAUCGAGAAAAACCCGAAAUUGAAACAAAAACGCAGAGGCAACAAGAAUCAAGAAGCAGCAACACGAGUGAAAUAAGUCGGAAUAAAUUAAAAUCGAAGUAAAAUAGUCGAAAAAAUAGAAGAGAAGCAAAAAAGCGCGUGAGCGCUCCACAAAAAACUUGUGUGUUUUCAACGAAUUCGAUUCUAGUGCGGUCAUUUCGUUCUCGGUUUGGUCUUCAAAGAUUGGCCCCGAUUAUGUACGACAAAAUGCCGAGAUAAAGACGCAUGUUCUGGACACAGUUUCCGAAAGAAACCGAAAAGUUGUCUAUUCCGUCAGGCAAAUUCGAAAGUUUUGCCUCACACAUUGGAGGCCUCUUCAUAUCGUACAAAAAUUUACUUCACUGAUAACACCGUUCUCCAAAACAAUUGCCUUUGGACUGUGUGAAUCACUUCUUUCUUCUUAUCAGCGAUUUACCGACUUGUACACAAAGAAAACUGAAUGGGUUUUCCAUUCGAUAAAGUGUUGCGAAAGAUAAAUUUCUUUGUUGCAAAACCACAAACGAACUCGUGAUGAAUAACAAAACUGAAUAAUUUUGUUCUUGUGUUCUCUUUUCGAACGCGUAUCAAAUGAUCAAGUCCAACCGAACACAUUGGUUUUGCUUCACAGCGGCCAUAGCACCGUGCUCUGUCAUGAUACCACGGAAGAUGCAUACAAAUGUUGCGCGUUGAUUGUAAUCAAAAUGCAAUGAAUCACCUUCUGAUUUGCAUUACGGCUCUUAUUUCACAUACUUUUGUCACUUGUUUUUCAAAAGUUCACGUUGACAUCGGAGAUUCUUAAUUUCCUUGAUCCCUUCGCUAAAACGGCGAUAAGUAAGACUCAGUUUCGAGUGUGAAUUUUGCACGCGCGCAAUCGCACAUUUUCCGAACGAUCGUUCAAUUAAUUCCGAUGAUGUGUUUUGUGCAAUGGCUAAUUAGGCUGAAAUGUGGCGGCGCGACCGCAACAACAACGUUGACAUUAAAAAUUGAAACGUGUUCAUCGCUUCAGAUGGCGAACGCGUCAUCUUUUUUUCUUGUUUUAUGUCUUGAGCCAGAAGAAGAAGAAAAAGCGAGAGAAAAAAAAUACUUGUGUCCGCUUAUUGCCAUGGCAGUGCGAAUCUCCAUGCAUAUGAUGAACGACGAAAGAAGAAAAAAUCAUUCGAUGACCAAAAGCGAUACCAUCGCAGCUAGCGCAGAAGAAGAAACGUCCAAUAAAAAUGACAACAGAAUCGAAAUUCAGAGCCACGAACAAACAAACAGCAACAACAAUGACAACAACAAAAAGUGAAUUAAACCAGAAAAUGAAACGGAUUGUUAAAAAUAUACAUAAAUUCCAUUCGAUUGGCAUUUAGGAGAAACAGAAGACACACACCAAACUGAUUUCUUUCGAACAACAACAACAACAACAACACGAAAAAAUCAUUAACUUAUGAACGAAAAAUCAACUAGUUUGUUUCAUGCGUCUCGCUCAUUUCGACCACUUUUUCUUCGUCUUUGUCGUCUUCUUCUUUUCCUUCUCAUUUUUGUGCUCAAUUCGUCUAUUCGCUGUGUGAGUGUAUGAUGGUUAUUAGUUAUUUAUUCAAUUUGUCUGUGAAAAUGGUUCGUCAUUACUGAAAUGUUGCUUUAAUUUUAAAUUACGAAAGAAAAAAGAAACAGUACGACACACUCACACUCACCUCUUUUAUUGUGUCUGGCUUUCGACAUGUCAGAAGAACAAGAGAGAGAGAGAGAAAAAAAGCCAGAAAAUGCGAGUAUUAUCCAUGAAAAUCGGUGUCUCAAGUAACAAUGCGCAUAAAAUCAUUAUCAAUUUUUCCAUAUUUUCUUCAUGUGUCUCGACGCCAUCACUUUGCUUCUCGUUUGUUCCUUUCUUUCGUUGUCGGCGUCGUCAUCGUCAACGACCAAGACGAGGAAAAAACCCAAAAAAUCUCCAACUAGAAGAACUUUGAUACGAAUUUCCAAGUGAAUAACAAGACAGCAAUCACAUAUUGCAAAAUACUUAAUCACAUCCCGAUGCCAAAGUGGCGACGAGGCACAUGGUUAAAACACACUCACACACCAACUAAAGAGUGUGAGUGAAGUAACGAAUAUUAAGCGCCGACUGAGAACAUUUUGGGACGACCGAGAGCAGCAACGCACGACAUUGAUUUGGCCAGGUUGAUUUAGGAACAGUCAAAUCAUUUUACGUAUCACAAACAUCCACUUUAAUCAUUUGUCAACAUUUCAAGUGGCGUUUUUCUUCUACUUCGUAUCGAUAAUGUGUGCAUAAAAAAGGAUACGGGCCGCAAUUCUCCUAUCUCUGUUUCGCGCGCGCUCGUGUGUGAUUUUCGUGUGGUUGGUGCUAAACAAUCACUUUUUUGCGUGUGUACGAUUUGUCGGCGCUUAUUGUGUGCGAUAUAGCUAACGGCACUGUCCAAUCGUGGCUCGGGAUUUGAAAUGAGAGCGACAUGUCAAUAGUGUUUUGCUUCGAUCGGCUUGAAAACUAAACGAUUCGAUUAAGCCGACAUAUUUCACAUUUGGUCAUCGGGCACACAUGGACAAUUUAUCGAUGGCAUUAUCUUGUUUUGGUCAAUUUCGGUGCGGUUGAAUUAACCUCUGGCAAGGCACAGCGAAAGAGAGGAAUAUAGAGAGGCAGAAAGAGAAAGGGACACAAAAAUCAAGAGGAACGGAAAGAGAGAAAAGAGAGAAACCGAAAGCAUGAGCGGGAUCGAGCAUUUUGAAAGGCGAAUAAGGCAGAGUAAAUUGUUUGACUGAAAACUGACAAAAAAAAACAAAACAAAACACAUAUUUUAAACGAAAAACAAAAAGUAAUAACAAUACCAAUAUAAUAAAGAAAAGAAAACGAGCAGCAAAAACAACAACAACAACCAAACCAAUUUGAAAACUACCUUCAACUACCCAACAACAACAAAACACAUGCACAAAUCAUUCUUAUUUUGGUUGAGAGUUUGAACAUUUACAAGAAAAAUUGCAGAAUAAUUACAAGAGAGACAAAACGAGAAGCAUUUGAAGUUUUUCAAUAAAUACAAAAAGAGAACAACACCUCAUCACAUCUCACCUUCGAACGAGCGAAAAAAAGAAUCAUCAAGAAAGAACAACAACAACAAUUCGUAAAUAACAUUGGUUGGGCAAGCAGUGUGUGUGAGAGAGAGAGAGAGGAAGAGACGGUGCGCCGCCAGGUGAAUUCCUCCCGUUCCGGAAAAGCAAACCAUUUUCGACAGCGAACAAACAAACAAGAAAAACGCAAACACAAAAACAAACGGGUAGGGUCGAAUCGCGCCACACGAAAACGGGUAGAUACUUACGGUAGAUAGAUCAUCCCUCCACUCUAUCUACCCUCAGCCAACCGUGCAAACUCUUGCCACCGUCGCCAACCUACGAAUUCUGGUGAAUAUUUUUUUUUUUUUCUGUGAGAGUGCGUGAAAAGAGAAAAUAAAGGUUACAAAAGAUAUAAAGAAGAAUCAGUUUUUUUUUUUAACGAAAAGAAAAGUUUAAAGAAAUAAAAAGAAAAAAAAAAUCAUAAGAAGGAAAAAAAAGUUAAGAAAAAAGUAAAAUAAAAUCGAAAAACGGUGGGUCGAAGAAGGAAAACGACGUUUUUUUUAAAUCCCCGGCUCCUUUUUCGGGAGGAGAAAAAUUACCGCGACAAAACCAUUGACGCUAUAUCUCGCCGAUCACAGUGUGUAUGUGUGUUGACGACGAAAUUUUUGUUCUUUUUUUUUAUAAAUCGCAUUUCAACGAGAAGAAGCAGAAGAAGAAAGUUGUUUUUUGAUAUACAAAAGAAAACAAAGAGAAGUUUUCACACAAUUCACUUAAUUCAGUUCUAAUUGGAAGAGAGCAAAACAAUUUGAAGAAUAAGAAGAAGAAGAAGAAGAAGAAAAAUUGAUUUGGUUACAAGAAAAAAUACGGCAGCAUAAAUUUUGUAAAUUGAGUACACAAAAAAGAAUAAUAUCAACACCGGAAGAAGUGAAACGCCGAACAACCCACGGCGGUGCAGUUACACCAUACGCGCGCACCUCUCCGGCUGCUGCUGUGUGCGUUUCAUCUUUUCGCGUUUUAUUUUUCUUCUUCGAGUGUUAAAAUAGCAUCAGCAAAUUCUUUUUUGUAAUAAAAUUUAAUCGUUUGUUAGUUUCGGCAAAAUGGCCGCUCUCUGUACGGGCAUUUCGUACGGACUGUCACAGAGUUGCCUGAGCAACGAAAAUAAGGAAUUAAUUUUUGUGAAAUUGACUGACUCAGCGUAUCGUGCAAUCGAGGAAUACCAGAAAAAUCAAAAUAAACUUAGUUCACAUGCAACAAUACAAUUUUUGGGACAUGAUGGGUAUCUGUCAUUUCCAUCGCUGUCGAAGUCGGGCGGACAAAAAUUUAGUUUUACGAUUGCGGAAACCGAAGGACUUCAAGGCUCAUUUGAAUGCAUUAAACAAGAUCGCAAUGAAUUGGAAGUGUUGGGUUCGCUACCGCAAAAAAUGCGAAUACAUGCCAAUGAAGAUGUGUACGAAGCAACUAGACAUAGAAUGGCUGUGGCUGAAGAAAAUCAGAAAAAUAAAUGCACACGGGAAAUAAAACCGAAUCAAACGGGUAUUGGGCGCCAAGUGAAAGUGAAAGUGAAAACCUCAAUACCACGUCUUUCCAACAUUCCUACAAAUAAUAAUGCAACUUUAAACAAACGUGAUUCUUCUUCGUCUUCUUCGUCAUCUAAUUAUAUUGAUUCAUCAUCAAAUCCAAAUAGCUGGAUAAAUCAGUUAGAAACUAGGAAUGCCGAGGAUAGGAAUAGAAAUAUUAAUAGUACUAAUACAAUAAAUAAUAAUUCAAUAGAAAAUCAUUUGACGGGGACGUCGAUAACAACGACAACGGCGUCACCCAUCAAAAAUAAUUUGCACCACCAUCAUAACAACAAUAUUAGCAGCCACAAUCACCACCAAUACAAUAAUCACCAGCAACAAAACAACAACAACCAUCAUAACAAUAAUAUCAACAACUUUCAAAAUCGAGCGAAUAGUCGAAACAGCUCAUCGUCAAAUAGCUAUGGUCGGGGGAAUCCUGAUAUUGUGAAAAGACCGAUCAAAGAAAGGCUGAUACACAUGCUAGCACUAAGACCAUAUAAAAAGCCAGAAAUUUAUUCGAAAAUAACCAAUGAGGGUGUUAGGAACAGUGAACGAGCGUGCAUCGGAACGCUGCUGAAGUCGUUAUCAUUUAUGCGCGAUAAUACGUAUCAUUUGCAUCGGCAUCUGUGGAAUGAUGUGCACGAAGAUUGGCCAUUUUAUACCGAACAAGAUCGACAAAGUCUUAAAAGGAGAAAGCCAGAAAAUUUAACGCCGCCAUUAAGCUCUGACGGUGGAUCAUCGACAUCGGGUCAGAGUCCAACGAGUACGCACAAUGGUAGUCCGCCGCCAGCUGUCAAACGGCCACCAUUAAACAGUGAUAAAUACACAUCAUCAAUGGAUGGUCCAGCCAGCAAAAAGCAAAGAAUUAGUCAUUAUCGCAAAGAAAUUGUGAACCAUCAAGACACAAACAUCGGCGCUAGAUCGAAAUACCAUGACUUUGAUGAUAACAUGGACAUGUUGAAUUACAGGCGUGAUCUUGUACAUGACACAAGAGAAUCUGCCAUGAGUUUGAAAUCUAGAUCACGGGAUGAGCCGUCAAUGCGUUCUAGUUAUUACGGACCCAAUGUCACACCAAAUGCUCAAGAAUCGGAGGAUAGCGGUCUGGGUAGUCUUGGUUAUUCAAGCACCGAAGCAGCUAAGCGAAUGUCAUCCAGUUCAUCGUCGAUCAACAGCGAACAAGAUCACGACCGGGACAUUUAUGAUGAUGAUGUACGAGAAUUACGGCAACACGGUCCACCGCCAUCAAUGAACGUGGUCAGCGGAAGUGGUGGUUAUGAUUUUAGUCAAUUCACUAGAAUUACGUCAAUCGAACAACGGCGUCAAUACAAGACUGAAUUUGACAAGGACUAUUCGGACUAUAUGAAACUGCAUGCGGAAAAUGAACGCGUUUCAAAACGAUUUGCUCAACUUGAAGAAAGCCUACGGAAUACAGAUCACAAAAAUCAACGAUACAAAGAAAUUCAACAGCAAAUUCUAAAAGAAUUCUCACGACACCAAGAGAAAAAGAAACGGUUCGAUUACUUGCACCAUAAGCUGUCGCAUAUAAAGCGAUUGGUUAACGAAUUCGACUCAACGAUAACUAACGGCCAAAUAAACUACUGACGAUUAAUGAGGAAGUUUAGGACAUGCAUAUUCAUGAUGUUUCAUUGAAGAAAAAACACAAACCAAGCAGAGAGAGAGAGGAAAGGAGGCAGGAGACAAAUAACAACAAUCACUUUUAGAAAAAGAUUUGAAAAGCAGCGUGCGGACUAACAAAAAUGGCAAUCAAAAAACGAACAGCAAAAAUGUGGAGCAAAUCCGAACUGAUACAGAACCAAAACCACCAUGGCUUUUACAAACACACACACACACACACACCACUCGCGGCCUGAUCAAAUUCUCAACAAAACACCAUUGUUUUUCGUUCCUGCGCAUAUGAUCAACAAUUCCGAUUCUACACACCAGGACCAACAUCUCCGGUUUAUUUACUUCGUUACAACAACGUCAACGAUAUUCGUCAAGCGUCGAUAGGAAAAUGAAUUUGCACGAGACAGACGACACACACACACACACACACUUCAAAUUGAUGCAUUUACAACUAUAAUUACUACACAACACUCCAGUAAAAUGCUCCGGAUUAGAAAAACCCAACCAAUAUUCUGAUUCAACAGUUCAACAUCCCUCGGUAAUAUCGCUAUCAGGUGUUUCAAUACAAACACACCAUUUUUUUUAAUGAAUUGAAAUGGAAACAUUUUACUCGAAUUAAUCAAAAACCGAUUUCAAUUUGCCAACCACACACACACACACACACACCAUAUGUUUCUUUAGUAAGAUACCUUAAUUGCAAGCAAUUUUUUUUUCUUCGAUCGCAGCAUAGCUAAAAUGAACAAAAACAUUUGAAAUUUAAACAAAAAUUCAAAAAUUUAAAUCGAUGAAUAUCUUAUGCGAAUCAAAUUCCAUAAGGAUGCUGUACAAUUCCGUUGUGAAAGACAAAUUCAAUAAAAACACAAUUGUCAUCGCAAAUUAUCACGAUGAAUGAAACAAAA